AUGAGCCAAUUACGUGCCGUCUUUGGAUCCUGGAUCAACAUUCUCCUGGUUGCCGUUCCUGCUGGAAUCGCGCUGAGCCACACCGGUGUCAAUUCGAUCGUCGUCUUUUGCGUCAACUUCAUUGCGAUUAUUCCGCUGGCUGCACUUCUGAGCUACGCGACCGAAGAAUUGGCCCUAUACGUUGGUGAGGUUCUCGGCGGUCUGCUCAAUGCCAGCUUCGGAAACGCCGUCGAAUUGAUCGUCAGUAUCAUUGCUUUGACCCAGGGCAAAACGAUCAUCGUCCAAACUUCCUUGGUCGGCAGUAUGCUUUCCAACCUUCUUCUGGUGCUUGGAAUGUGCUUCUUCUUCGGCGGUAUCAACAGAAAGGAGCAAAACUUCAAUAUUGUCGUAUCUGGAACGGCGGCUAGUCUGCUUGCUCUUGCCAUUGGGUCGCUCAUCAUCCCCACGGUCUUCGUUUUAUCAGGUCUUGACGACAAUGGCGUCACACCACUCUCCCGCGGAACAGCAGUGAUCCUUCUAUUGGUUUACGCAGCCUAUCUCCUCUUCCAGCUUCGUACUCACUCCGACGUCUACAACGAGAAGAUGUCGGAAAAGAAGACAUCGACUUCCGAGACGGACGAAGACGAUGAAGAGGAGGAGACCCCGCAACUGACGAGACUCGGCGCGCUUAUCACAUUAGCCGGAGCGACUGUAUUGAUCGCUUUGUGCGCCGAGUCUAUGGUUUCUGCCAUUGACGACUUGGCCAAAGACAUUUCGGAGGAAUUCAUCGGUUUGAUCCUGUUGCCCAUUGUUGGUAACGCCGCCGAGCACGCCACCGCCGUCACCGUCGCCAUCAAAGACAAAAUGGAUCUUUCAAUCGGUGUCGCAGUCGGCUCCAGUCUGCAGAUCGCGCUUCUCAUCUUUCCGGUUAUGAUUCUUCUUAACUGGUUCGGCGUCGGUUCCCCUGCCGAUCUCACCCUUUACAUGGAUGGCUUCCAGGUCGCGUCUCUCUUCAUUUCCAUCAUUCUUGUCAACUAUGUGAUCCAGGACGGCAAGUCGCACUGGCUGGAAGGCGUCAUGCUCAUGGCGAUCUAUGUCAUCAUAGGCGUAUCAGCGUUCUUUUUCAAGCUCGGGGGCGAGAUCUGA